AUGUCAAGCAGCGCGUGGGCAUCGUCCUCCUCCGCAGUCGGUGCCGAGCCAGAGGCAUCGGCGUUGUCCUCACUCAGGCCAAAUGAUCGCUCAUCUUUCUACUGUGCCGUGUGUAGCAUUCAGUUUUCAGACUCGUACGCGGCAGAGGCGCACAAGGCCAGCCGCAAGCACAAGAAGAGGAGCGGGGAGCUGGAGUGGGAGAAGCAGCAGUACAAGAAGGACGCCGAUGUGACCCCCGACGAUGUAUGGGCGCUCGUGCGGCGCAAGCAGGUCGAGCUUCAGGUCAUCGCCUGGAGCGAACUCAAAUACAGCGAGGAGAAGAGCGAGAGGUGA